AUGAAAUGCGGUAACACGAGUGAGUUAUGGAAUAAACACAUCCACGAUCGCCUUGAGUUCCUGCAAUUCAGUAGAGAAGUAGUAGAAGGCAAAGUUGAGCCAGAUGAUCCCGGUAGCAACCCCUUACCACCCGCUGCAGCUGCCCAAAGUCCGAGAGUGUUCUUUAAUCACACGAGCUACGAAUUUGCCCCAGAUGAUAUUAAGAAGGGAAAAUGCAAAAUAAUAAUCACCCAUAGGAAUCCUAAGUCUACAUACUUGAGCUGGUUCUACAUGUUGAGAGAUGGUCUAAAAGUGUUUUUCACUCGGGACCAUCCUCUAACUUGGGAAGAUUUCUCUGCUGCAAUGUUAACAGGAGAAACAAAAGACAUGGCGGGAUUUAAUGGGACUUGGUUUGACUUCUAUAAACAAUGGUGGGAGAAUAGAAACGCAAGCAUGUUCUUCCUGAAUUACGAAGCAAUAAUAAAGGAUUGUAAAGCGGUAAUAAAAGAGUUGGCAGAAUUUUUAGGGAAGGACUUGAAUGAUGAGCAAUUAAAGAAUAUUGAAGAACAUAUCAAAUUUGACAACCUUAAGAAGAGCCCUGGGUUUGGUCAGGCCUUUGCUCGUACCAAAGCAAUUGCAUACGAGGAUUCUCCUCAUAUGAGAAAAGGCAAGAUUGAAGACUGGAAGAAUGUUUUCACAGUGACACAGAGCGAACAAUUUGAUAGACUUUACCUGGAAAAAAUGAAAGACACCGGCUUCCCCGAACCAAUAUAUGAAUGA